AGUAGCAACGCUAAAAAAACCCUUCAACUUUAUGAACUCGUACAGAUGUGAGGGUGAGAACAGAAGAGGACAGACUGAGAAUCACGAUGGACGAGUUCAAAUGGAUUCAAAUUUCUUUCAUCCUUGUGACGGUGCUUCAGCUGACAGCAGGAACCGGACUGUCUCCCACCUACUAUGUCAUAGUUGGAGAUGACGUCGCAUUGGCUUGUGGAAAUGUGAUAGAAGAUCAGAGUGACUGUGACAGUACUACAUGGACUUGGACCAGUAGAUCAAGUAACGCAGCAGUAGAGCUGAUUAGACUCGGCCAGAUUACUGAAAACAGAGGAUUUAAAUUAAACAAACUGAGUCUGGGAGUGAACUGUUCUCUGGUUAUAAAGAAGGUCACAAAGGAGGAUAUUGGUCUUUUUAUCUGUCAACAGUACAAAUCACACAUAAAAGCGGCUCCAGAUGCUUGGGUGUAUCUGUCUGUUAUUUCCAUGACUGAGCAGAAGAACAGAGAUGAGGUGACAUUAAUCUGCUCUGUGUUGACGUUUGAUGGGUGUAGACAAACAGUGAAGUGGCUGUUUCAGAAUAAAGAUGUUGAAGAACAUAAUCAAGGUGGGAGGACAUCCUGCACUGCAUCUUUGACCAUUCCGAGUUAUCUUGAAAUCUACAAAUCAAGAUAUAAGUCACUGGAGUGUAAAGUGAGUGUUGGUGAUGGAGGGCAGCUGUUUCCCUUCAAACUUCAGCCCUCAGAUGAGAAUCCAGGUAAGAUCUGUAUUAUGAUAAUUUCAGAUAACUCUUAUUGUAAUGAUUGAGCAAUAAAUGCUACAAUUUGCGAAUGUGAAAACUAAAAUAAAAUAUUUCUUCUAUAAAGAUUAGAACUUUUAAUCUUCAUAAUUUAUAUGUAAAUGUUUAUUAAGGUGUGUAUAUCUCUUCAGGUGAGAUCCCUACAACAGCAACAAUCAAAUCAACAACACCAAAUGAAAAGAGAAAAACAGCAACCGACACAACAGAAACUGGAGUAAAUCAGUCUGCAACACCAAAUGGUAAUGGCUCAACUUCUUAUGUUUGUCUUUGCUCUUUAAAACCAAAUUAGGAAAAGGAACUUUACACAGAGUUUAUUUUCCAAUCUGUUCAUCAUUGCUUCCUUUGUGUGGAUGAUUUUGACAUAACGAUGGAGAAAACAAGUUAA